CGCCCUGCCCCGGCUUGCGUGCAGCAUCUCCAGCACCGGGACGCAUCCCUGCUGCCAUGCUCCUCACUGCUGAAUGUCACCAUGGAUGUUUGCUGGUCUCCUCAGCUGAGAUCUUAUCAGUCCUUCAUUAUUUGAUAAACCAUCAGAAAUACAAGAUCUGAGCCUUGAUGUGAGGACCUUACCAAAAGAUCUGCAGAGAGUGAGUGCUUCAGCCCUACUAAUAUUGUUAACAAGCAAAACUUCACUACAGUUCAAAAUUAAGAGAGAAGAUGGCCAUCAGUUGGAAGAUCUGCUUCUUCACUCUCAUAUUGCUUCCCAUGGUUGCAGCAACCCAUUCCAACUGCAUCAUUAAGAAGGAGCAAGAGACAUGUCUGGAGAAGAUACGAAGGGCAACUGCCCUGAACCCCCUCAAUGACUCUUCUCCAGGUUGCCCAGGAAUGUGGGACAAUAUUACAUGCUGGAAACCUGCAAGUGUGGGUGAAAUCGUCUUUGUCAAGUGUCCUGCACUGUUUAGAUUUAUCAUCUCUGAAGAUGGUUGGGAAGUAGAUAAUUUGGGGCAAACCCAUGCAGGUGAUUAUGACCUGCUGGAAAGCACAGCCCAGUCUCCCUUAGGGGACAUCAGCAGAAAUUGCACUGAAGAUGGUUGGUCUGAACCUUUUCCUCAUUAUUAUGAUGCCUGUGGGUUUGAUGAAAAUGAAACAGAAUCCGAUAACCAGGAUUACUACUACCUGUCUGUGAAGGCUCUGUACACAGUGGGAUACAGCACUUCUCUUGUUUCCCUCACCACUGCCAUGGUUAUACUCUGUCGUUUCAGGAAGCUUCACUGCACUCGAAAUUUUAUCCACAUGAACCUCUUUGUUUCAUUCAUUCUACGUGCAAUAUCUGUAUUCAUUAAAGAUGGGGUUCUUUAUGCUGAACAGGAUGGCAACCACUGUUUUAUCUCAACGGUGGAAUGCAAAGCAGUGAUGGUGUUUUUUCACUACUGUGUCAUGUCCAACUACUUCUGGCUUUUCAUUGAGGGAUUGUACCUUUUCACUUUAUUGGUAGAAACCUUCUUCCCAGAGAGGAGAUAUUUCUACUGGUACACUAUUAUUGGCUGGGGUACCCCUACAAUUUGUGUCACUGUCUGGGCAGUGCUGAGACUUCACUUUGAUGAUACUGGCUGCUGGGACAUGAACGACAACACUGCCUUGUGGUGGGUGAUCAAGGGUCCUGUGGUUGGAUCAAUCAUGAUAAACUUUGUGCUUUUUAUUGGCAUAAUUGUGAUACUUGUGCAGAAGCUCCAGUCACCUGACAUUGGGGGCAAUGAAUCCAGCAUUUACUUCAGCUGCGUUCAGAAAUGCUACUGUAAGCCUAAGAGGGCUAACCAGCACUCUUGCAAGAUGUCAGAACUAUCAACCAUUACCCUGAGACUGGCUCGCUCUACACUGCUGCUUAUCCCCUUGUUUGGAAUUCACUACACAGUGUUUGCUUUUUCUCCUGAAAAUGUCAGUAAGAGGGAGAGACUAGUGUUUGAAUUGGGACUGGGAUCUUUCCAGGGUUUUGUUGUUGCUGUUCUUUAUUGUUUCUUGAAUGGGGAGGUGCAAUCAGAAAUAAAGAGAAAAUGGAGGAGCUGGAAAGUCAACCGGUAUUUUGCUGUGGAUUUCAAACAUCGUCAUCCUUCUCUAGCGAGCAGCGGAGUGAACGGGGGGACACAACUCUCCAUUCUGAGCAAGAGCAGCUCUCAGAUUCGGAUGUCCAGCAUAAAUGCGGAGAACUUAGCGACAUGAGCAGCUAAGGAAAACCAAUCAAUCUACAAGCAAACCAAAAAACACCCCUUCAAAAAAACACACAAACAAACACAUUGUUUCAGUGGAAGAGUGGGUCUCUUUCCUUUCCUUUCCUUUCCUUUCCUUUCCUUUCCUUUCCUUUCCUUUCCUUUCCUU